GGGGCUUCGCUCUCGAGACCUUCUCAUUGUGAGACAAAGCGACAUACGUUGAAAACCAAUCGCCAAUGAAGGGAAAGAGGAGAGUUAGUGUCGCUGCGCUCCUGUUGCUGUGCGCUCUUUGUGAUGGAGACGAGUUGCAGCCUCAGCGAGACCCACCUCGAGCGUACUGUAUCACCACCAGCCUGACGGAUGUGUGGUGUACUCUGUCUGAAGCCCAUCUGAAUGGUUCUGGUCCUACCAGACUAGAGGUCCCUGCUGGGCAGAGCCUCCAUAUCAUCAUGCAAAGCCUCCCAGGAGACCCUGUCUGCAGCUGGAGCCAUGGAGCUGGCCCAAUAAGAGGGGGCUAUUCUAUGGCCAUACCACAGACAUCUGUGAGUGAUUCUGGAGAGUACUCCUUCAGCUGUGUGAGAGGCGGCAUCAUCUCCUCCCUGACGCUCUCUCUACUGGUUGGACCUCCACUGAGAUGUCCCUCAAAGCCACAUCUGAAAUAUAUCCCUGGGGAAAGAGGCUUUUUACCUAACUUCCAGUGUUCUUCAGAGGGAAACCCCAAGCCAGAAAUCAAAUGGUUCAAUAACCUUGACAAGACUGGAAAGGGUAGUCAUGGGAAUGAGACAUCUAAGGAUUCAGAGAGGUCCAACAACACAGAGGGAAGUAAACUAUACUGCAAGACAACAGUUAUGUGCUGUGCUACUAACCCCAAAGGAGAGGAGUGUUCUCAACUUUAUGACUAUGACUUGGACCGCAGCCGUAGUGUGGAUGAUGAUGAUGAUGAUGAAGCUCCAGAGAUCACUCUGAGCCCGGGUCAGGCCCUGCUGCUCCGCUGUAGGGAGAGAGACAGCACCACACAGUGGCUGACUGAUAAACAGGAACAGGUGUCGACAUAUCGACUAUCAUAUAAAGGAAUAGAUAUGACUUACCUGUUCAUUGCGUCGGUGAGAGUGAACCACAGUGGCAUCUACACCUGCCGGAGUGACAAGAACAAGAUCAAGUACACCCACAUCCGGGUCCUGGAGAAGGGCUUCAUUUCCAUCGACCAGCUGAAUGAGAGCAGUACCAUCUCAGCCCAGGAGAAGCCAGGGUUCUGUCUGCGGGCCCUGGUCUCCUCACACCCUCGCCUACGCUGCCAUUGGCUGGGCCCGGGCGGCAUACAGACGCAGUGCCCUGAACCCACACGGCUGUGGAAGAACAGGACUCUGGAGCUAUGUAACCCUGAGCCAGGAGACUACCAGUUACACCUGGAGACUGGGGAGCUGAACCUCACAAAGACCCUCUCUCUCUGUGUGGCAAAUAUGUCCACCCCCAUUCUCUUCCAGAAAGAAGACAACAUCACCUGUAAGACCGAAAGCCCCCUCCCCUUCAACCUCACCUGGAGGUUGUGCUCUCUGUCCAAUGACAGCUGUCAGUCAGAGUCUGCAGCCUGGAAGGAGAUCCCUGCCACUCCCACAGAGCUCUGUGACUCAGACCAGUUCUGCCAUAAGAAUGUCCUCAGCUCCCUGGAAAGUGCAGAGGUGGGGAACCACUUUGUCAAGUGCUGCAUUACAAACUCGGUCCACUCACAGUCACACUGCAGCGAGUCACUGUUCAAUGCAAGAAUGGUCUUUCCACUGCAGCGUACGUUCAAACAACCCUCCAACUCCUCUCAACUCCUGAAGGUGUCCAGUCUGGUUCUGUUCCUGGCGUUGAUGCUGGUCAGCGUGGCGCUACUCUACUUCAUCAGGAAGAAGAAACCCCAGUACCAGAGUCAGGUGCAGAUGAUCCAGAUGGUAGGACCUAAUGACAACGACUACAUCUACAUCAACUUCAAAGACUUCCGGUACAACCAGAAAUGGGAGUUCCCCAGAGAGAACCUGGAGCUGGGGAAGGAGCUAGGCUCUGGGGCCUUUGGCAUGGUGGUUCAGGCUACAGCCUACGGCAUCAGCAAGCCUGGGAUCUCCCUGCAGGUGGCUGUCAAGAUGCUGAAAGAUAAGCAUGAGACAGUGGAGAAGGAGGCUCUGAUGUCAGAGUUGAAGAUGCUGACUCACAUCGGACAGCAUGCCAACGUCGUUAACCUGCUGGGGGCAUGCACUGGCUCAGGGCCCACGUACCUGAUCUUCCAGUACUGCCGUAAUGGGGACCUGCUGAACUACCUGAAGAACAACAGAGAGCUGUACCACAAGUCUCUGACCGAGGCCUUCACCAGGGAUCGCUUCAGCAGCCUUUACCACAACCUGCCCAAGAGGAGCUCCACUAGAGGGCACGAGAGCAUCGCCCUCCUCAGCCUCAACUCCUCUCCCAUGGACACCUCGGAUGGUCCAGGGAUCUAUGAGGAGCUGCAGGAGGAGGAGGAGGAGGAGAAGCAGGCACUGACCUAUAACGACCUGCUCAGCUUUUCCUACCAGGUGGCCAAAGGCAUGGACUUCCUGUCCUCCAAGCACUGUAUCCAUCGGGACCUUGCGGCCAGGAACGUGUUGGUGGCUCAGGGUGGACUUGUAAAGAUCGGAGACUUUGGACUGGCCCGGGACAUCGAGAACGACUCCAACUACGUAGUGAGAGGAAAUGUAGGUACUAUACACAGAAAGGAGUGUUUGUCUGUAUUCUACAGAUGCUCUGUUGUCAGUGACAACAGCUCUGUUCUAGGCAUGCAGUGUCGGUGUGUGUGUCUGAUGUGUUGUGUUGUGUCGCAGGUGCGUCUGCCAGUGAAGUGGAUGGCUCCAGAGAGUAUCUUCCAGGGGAUGUACACCAUGCAGAGCGAUGUCUGGGCCUAUGGUAUCCUGCUGUGGGAGGUCUUCUCUCUGGGUGUGACCCCCUACCCGGGGAUAAAGGUGGACAACAACUUCUAUUUGUUGAUAGAGAGAGGUUUUAAGAUGGAGCAACCGUACUAUGCCAGUGAAUCUGUGUAUAAGAUGAUGUGCAAGUGCUGGGCACGGGAGCCUCGGGACCGUCCUCACUUCUCCAAGCUGGUGGCCUUCAUGGGCGACCAACUGGCUGACAUGGAGGAGAAGCUCUACCAUAACAUCCUGGACAAGAGCUCCAAUGACUCCUUAUACCAGAAUGCACCAGUGAAUUCUGACCUCUCUGCCUCGGCCAAAGAAAAGGAGGUUCUUUCGACACAGUCACAGAACCAAUACUGCAAGACCCAUUCCAGUGGAGAGGCCCCAACAACCACAACAACACCGUCUGACAUGGAUGCCAUGGAGACUGAUGAUGAUACACCUCUGAAACCAUAUCAGUGAGUGCAGGGGCCUAUCUAUCCUUCUAUUCCAUACAAUAUACUCUGUUUAAGAUCUCACACUGGAAGUCUGUAUUUAUAUAUUGCUGUGGAUUUUAAAUACACUGAUUACUUGCUUUAUCCAAAUAUGUUUAACAAUAAAUAUGCCAAUUAUGUUUUUGUAUCAAAUGCUCACUCCUACACUGUAGGAAUUGAUAAAUAAAUAUUUAACAUUGUAACAUAGUAAUGAAUGUAGCAUUUAGAACAUGUAAUAGCAUUUGUUGGGCUGAGACAACCUGUUGUUGUGAACAUAUUACACACAUUAUAUUUAAUUUACUGUGUGAAACUAAUGCAAUAUUAGUCGUGUUAUUACUGCUUUUGGAGAGUAGUUAUUUCAGUACUUUUAAUUUAGAGCCAGCUUCAGGAGACUAUUAUUAUUCAGGAUUAUUCUGUCAGUGUUUUUUUUCUGAGUGAAGUUGCUUCAAUAUUUUAUUAAUAAUAAUCUAAUGAUUUACUUUCUCUGUAUGUUUGUCCAUUUGAGUUCUCGAAAU